AAGGGUGCUCUCUCAUAGUCUAACUCCGACUUUUUGGUGAAAUUUUUGCUGCAAUUCGAAGUUUAUAUUUUUAUCAAGUUAAUUAAUUCAAAAUAAGACAAUUAAUUGACAGAAAAAUAUGUGAUUGAGGUUGAAAAUUGUCCCUUUCUUCUCAAGGGGAAUAUGGAAUGCAUGCAUGCCAAUGCCAUGCAGAAAUAGGUUGUUGCCAUCCCUUGUUUCUUUGGUGUUUCUUAGCCUCCUCUUCACAGAAACAACUUAAGACAUAAUUUUUUAUUAGACCAAAGUAUAAUGCAGGCAAGGGUUUUUUAGAGAGAAAUAUACCUAGCUAGGGAUUAAAACCUCAGUUUAAAUCUUCUCCCCUAAAAAAUGUAAAGCCUGCCCAGCCAGCCAGUGACACCACACCCAUUUGUAGAAAACAACCGGUACGUACGUACAUAUAUUCGAUCUUGAAGUACAGCGGCGCGUCUUAUUUGCACUACCAAAUAUAUAUAAUUAAGAUAGAAAGAGAUUGGAUAUGUGGACGCCAAGAAGUAGUUAUGGCGAAAGGAGAGAGAUAAGAACAAAUGUGGGGUUGGUGGCAGUGGCCAUAGACAAGGACAAAAACAGCCACAAUGCCCUGAAAUGGGCAAUUGACCAUCUCCUGCAAAAAGGCCAAACCCUCAUUCUCAUCCAUGUAAAAGUCAAACCAUUCUCUCCUUACACGCCGCCUCUCCCUACAUCUCGUACAGGGUUGAACCAAUUUUCUGAAAUGAAUGGUGACUUACCAUUGGUAUGUAAAGAUCCUGAUCCACAGACCAGGGAACUUUUCCUUCCUUUCCGUUGCUUUUGUACUCGUAAGGAUAUACCCUGCAAAGAUGUUGUCCUAGAAGAGACAGACGUAGCUAAAGCAUUGAUUGAAUAUGUUAGCCAGGCUGGAAUCGAGAUUUUGGUCGUAGGUGCCUCCACAAAAACAGGCUUUCUUAGUAGAUUUAAAGCAACAGAUAUUCCAGCAAUGGUAUCAAAAAAUGCACCAGACUUUUGUAGUGUUUAUGUGAUAUCCAAAAGCAAAAUUUCAUCCAUGCGAUCAGCUUCUCGUCCAGCUCCAGCUAUCUCCCCAUUGCGUAAUCACCUUCUUAACCAGCCAGGCUUAAUACCAACUCCUCUUGAAUCGCAUAUCCUGCCAGCUAAUAGCUCGAGAGUUGAGAAGCCGCGACUUGAACCUCAGCGUAAAUCUACCGAUUCCAUGGAUUCCAUAAGGUCGCCUUUUAACAGGGGAGGCCAAAAUGUGAAAUCAUAUCCAGCACUCCCUAUGCCAUUUACAGAUAUAUCCUUUGUCAGUUCUGGCAGACCAAGCAUUGACCGUAUGUUUCCCGAAUUCUACGAUUACCAAGAAGCAAGCCGCACUGCCACUGCUCCAAGACUGUCCAAUGUUUCAGACUAUGAAAGUAAUUUUAGCUUCGAGUCAAUGCACUUUGGACGGAACUCAGUGGAUUUGAGCUCUCCACAUGAUUUCUCAUACGUUUCGCAGGACAGUGACAAUUUUUCAAACUUAUCUACUUCAAUGGAGGACGUGGAAGCCGAAAUGAGGAGGCUAAAGCUGGAGCUAAAGCAAACUAUGGAAAUGUAUAGUACUGCCUGCAAAGAAGCACUCACAGCAAAACAGAAGGCAAGAGAACUCCAGCUGUGGAAAUUGGAAGAGGAACGGAGAUUGGAAGAGGCACGACUUGCUGAGGAAGCUGCAUUAGCAAUAGCAGAAAAGGAGAAAGCUAAGUCAAAAGCAGCAAUGGAAGCCGCUGAAGCGGCUCAGAGAAUUGCAGAAAUUGAAUCACAAAAAAGGGUGAACGCAGAAAUGAAAGCGCUCAAGGAAUCAGUGGAAAAGAAAAAGGCACUUGAUGCAUUAGCACAUUCAGAUUACAGGUACAGGAAGUACACAAUAGAGGAAAUUGAAGCUGCCACUGAAUUCUUCUCAGAAGUUCUCAAGAUUGGGGAAGGGGGUUAUGGCCCCGUGUAUAAAGCCCGUCUAGAUCAUACUCCCGUUGCAAUUAAGGUUUUGCGACCAGAUGCAGCACAAGGAAGGUCACAGUUUCAGCAAGAGGUAGAAGUUUUAAGCUGCAUACGGCAUCCAAACAUGGUUCUCCUGUUGGGAGCCUGCCCAGAGUAUGGAUGCCUAGUGUAUGAGUUCAUGUCUAACGGGAGCUUAGAGGACCGUCUCUUCAGGAGAGGGAACACUCCGACUCUCUCUUGGCAGCUUAGGUUCAGAAUUGCAGCCGAAAUUGGAACAGCCUUGCUGUUCCUCCACCAGACUAAACCCGAACCCAUAGUCCACCGUGACUUGAAACCAGCCAAUAUCUUACUUGACCGCAACUUUGUGAGCAAGAUUAGUGAUGUUGGGUUGGCCAGACUAGUUCCUCCAUCUGUGGCUGACAAUGUAACCCAGUAUCGGAUGACCUCCACAGCAGGAACUUUCUGCUACAUAGAUCCAGAAUACCAGCAGACAGGCAUGCUGGGAGUGAAGUCGGAUGUAUACUCCCUUGGCAUCAUGCUUCUACAAAUAAUAACAGCAAAACCACCAAUGGGAUUGACUCACCAUGUGCAACGGGCUAUUGAGAAGGGGACAUUUGCUCAAAUGCUGGACCCAUCUAUUGAUAAUUGGCCGGUUCAAGAGGCCUUGAGCUUCGCAAAGAUUGCACUUAACUGUGCAGAGCUAAGGAGGAAAGAUAGACCCGAUCUGGGCAAAGUCGUCCUGCCAGAACUGAACAGGCUGCGAUUACUUGCUGAAGAAACCAUGCACCUCACUUGGGAAGCUGGAAGUCCAGGACACUCCCCCAACUAUAGCCAAGUUUCGCUGCAACUAGAGCACUCCAGUUGUCCUAAUUUUCUACACUCCGAUGAAUACUCAAGAAGCCCUCCCAACGAGAAUCCAUAGGUCGUUCCAUGGCAAAUUGAUGACAUCAUAAUUAAUUAAUAUGUACAUAUGCGUUUAUCAAUCAAAUUUUGUUGUGUUAUUAUUUUAUAUUUUUAAUUAAAAAUUUAAAUGAAAAUUUAUAUUUCUAGAACUUAUUUUAACAA